AUGUUCUACUAUGGCGAGCCUAAGCCAAAAUUCCGCGUGGUGAUUGUGGGCGGGUCCAUCGCAGGCUUGACUCUGGCCCACUGUCUACUGAAGAACAACAUUGACUUUGUGGUGCUUGAGGCUCAUAAUGAGAUCGCACCUCAAGUCGGUGCCUCGAUUGGGAUUAUACCCAACGGUGCUCGCAUUCUGGAUCAACUGGGCGUGUUUGAUGACAUUUUGGACACCACAGAGCCCAUGCAGGAGUCAUCCUACUGGACCCAGGAAGGAAAUCUCAUUGUCCGGAAUGACACGCCGCAGCUGAUACAUAAGAGGCAUGGCUAUCCUAUUGCAUUCGUUGAUCGUCAGGUCGUACUCAAGGUCCUCUAUGAUCAUCUUGCGGACCAGCAAGAUCGUAUUCUUGUGGGCAAAAAGGUCAUCAAAGUCGAGAAUCUGCAUGGAAGGGUCCAGGUUCACUGUGCAGAUCAUUCAGUCUUCGACGGGGAUUUGGUAGUAGGAGCUGAUGGGGUACGGAGUAUUGUUAGGCAGCAAAUCUGUGUGUUUGGCAUCUCAACAGCCGUCGAAGGCCUGACCCCCGGGAGCGGACACCGAACCUUUGGCGAGGACUUUUCGUUCCUGACUCUCAUCGGUAAAGAGGGUCGGGUGUACUGGUUCUUUUUCACCAAGAUGGAUCGAGUAUACUCCGCGUCAGAAAUCCCGCGGUUCCACCAGGGCCUGAUUGACGAGCAUGUUGCCCCCUACCUGCAGAAGCCAAUCCGUGAUACCGUCCCUUUCGCUGCAGUGUACGAGAGGGCUAUAACCCGGACUUUCCUGCCUUUGGAAGAGGCUGAAUAUAACCAUUGGGCCAUCGAUAGAUGGGUUUGUGUUGGAGAUUCUGCUCACAAGAUGACUCCAAAUAUGGGGCAGGGCGGAAACAGCGCCAUUGAAAGUGCUGCCUCUCUCGCCAAUAGUCUGGCUAGCUUGAUUGAAGCCUCCGGCGAUUCUAGAGUUUCAGUGAAAGAUCUAAAUGACUACCUGCAGCCGUGGCAGAAGAAACGCCAGGCUCGUCUGCAGGACAUUUUCAAAAAAGCCCACGAGCUCACUCGACUCGAGGCAUUGGCUACGUGGAAGGAAAAAUGCAUUGCACUCCAUCUCUUCCCAUACCUCACCAACUACCUAGCCGAUGGAGCAUCGCAGACUAUCGUUGGUGCAACAAAGCUCGACUGUGUACCACUACCGCCGAGAUCAUUGCAGUGUACGAUGCCAUUCACCAACUUCCAUCCGCCUCGUGGUGACGCGAUCUGGAAACGAGCCCUGUGGACGGUGCCAUUGAUCGGGAUUUACGCUGUUGGAAGAGCCACUGCACUCCCGGUAAUCUUGAACACUCGACCUCACUUAUAUCCACUCUUUAAGGAAGGAAUAUGGACAGCGGGUAAUGGAGAGGUCCUUAGUUUGACCAAGCCCCUAUACCAUAAUCUCUUCCUGGACAAGUUGUUCCGGCCUCUCAUUACCUGCUUUCUGCCCUCAAUCACUGGGUCUGAUACGAAUUCGCGGGUUCAAAUGCUUUCAUUUAUGACAGACCUGGGGGCAGUUUAUGGAAUCUGGCUAUUGGAGAGCUAUCGCGGUGCUCACUCCUGGAUCAACGUCCUUCUCCCCUUGGCAGCGGGCACGGUAUUCCAAUUAAAGGGGAUAUGGAUGGUUGCGCCAUUCUAUUAUACCCUGGAGUAUUUGAUGGCGCCUCUAUACAGUCUACUUUCUGGCAGCAACAGCAAGGAGAUCGAUGCUGUCACCACCGAGUCGCUGGCCCUGUCAAUGUUGGCCGGAUAUUACUCCACCACAUUUGCCAACUUCUUUGCACCGAGUCUUCAAUCACGCCAAUGGUAUAAUGCGAUGUGGCAAGUCUUCCCAGCAACAAUCCCCCUCCUUCAGCUUCCCUUCUCGCUUGCGAGACGCUGGCUCUCCCCCUCUUCGCCACCAAAAGACGAGAUAGACAGAAAGCAACAGCAGAGAAAGAGAAGGCAAAACGUCCGCUACGCCUGUGGGACAUUUGCUCUCGUCUCAGGUCUCACGUUUAUCUAUGGCCGAUUCACAGCUCCACCAGGUGUCUCCUUCUGGAGUAUUUUCGUCCCGGGUCUGCGGGAUCAUUUGGCCCCUGUUACGUCUUUCAGUGACGGGAUCGCACGCUUUUUGCAGUACGAUGAACUAAUCUCCAUGGGAAGUGCGUAUGUAUGGCUUGCACUGCGUUUCCGCGAGCUGAAACAAGCGGGGGCUCGGUUUUCUUGGACUCGAGCUGGGGCGGCUUUCGCUGCGUCUUUGUUGGCUUUGGGACCAGGAGCGACGUUUGCUCUGGGAUGGGGGUGGCGCGAGGAGCUUCUGCACCAAGUGGCUAAGGAGCUCUAA